CGCCUCGAAAGCCAGGCUGGCUAGACGUUCCCGCCGACCCUCCCUCGAAAUUUAAAGGGACCGCUGCCUUUAAGAAGUUGGUUUGAAGGCAAGGGGUUGUUAGUUGUGGACGGCACUUUGUCAUGGGACCUGUGUGGUUGGGAAUGUUGCUUUUCAUUUUGGCUGCUUACAGCGUUUGGGUUGGAACGUCGAAGGAGGAGGACGAUGACACAGAACGCUUGCCCAGCAAAUGCGAAGUGUGUAAGCUGCUGAGCCUGGAGCUACAGGAAGAGUUGAGUCGCACUGGCCGAUCUCGAGAGGUGCUGGAGCUGGGGCAGGUGCUUGACACAGGCAAGAGGAAGAGACAUGUCCCUUACAGUGUUUCAGAGACAAGGCUGGAAGAGGCCUUGGAGAAUUUGUGUGAGCGGAUCCUGGAUUACAGUGUUCAUGCUGAGCACAAGGGCUCACUGAGAUAUGCUAAGGGUCAAAGUCAGACCAUGGCAACACUGAAAGGUCUGGUGCAGAAGGGGGUGAAGGUGGAUCUGGGGAUCCCUCUGGAGCUGUGGGACGAGCCCAGCGUGGAAGUCACAUUCCUCAAGAAGCAGUGUGAGACGAUGCUGGAGCAGUUUGAAGAUGUUGUGGGAGACUGGUACUUCCACCAUCAGGAGCAGCCCCUACAGCAUUUUCUCUGUGAAGGUCACGUGCUCCCCACGACUGAAACUGCAUGUCUAAAGGAAACUUGGACUGGAAACGAAAAGAUCACAGAUGGGCAAGAGAAGCCAGAAGAGGAAGAGGAAGAUCAGGAGGAGGAGGAGGAAGCGGAGGAAGGGAUGACCAACCCACCAGGGCGUCCCAAGCAUAACCCAGAAGAUCUUUGACUCUUGCCUUUGAGACCCCAGGAGGGGCAGGGGUCUUGGAGAAGAACCCUCUGAAUCUGAGCAAUCCCUACCCCACA